AGCCGAUUCUCGCGGAAGAUCUGCUCGUGGCCGCUCUGCGCUCAAGACGGAUGGGCUUCGUUUUGCGAGGCGCCUCAUUCGACGUAAUUUUCGAAGUAGCGAAUGGAUCGCUCGGUGAGAUUAAUCCGGGCGAUCAGCGGCUGGCGACUCUCCUUUUUCUCCGCAGCAACUUGUGCUAACUCGGAACAUUUUCGGGAGCUGCAGGAUAACCUCGCUGCGGCCCAGCUAUAUACCUAUAGGUGUAGUACAGGAAUGCCGAAAAAGAGAGCGCCGCCCGUCAAGCGCAGAGAGACGAUACGCGUCCAACUUCAGCCGUCGGCGGAGCGAGAGCUCAAUCAAAGCUCUCUGAUACGCUCGGUUCCCGCUUCCCUGGCGCCCGGUCACCGCAGCGCAGCGAAAUUCCCGAAAUUCCCCGUGUAUUUUGUACAUUUCCAACUCGGUCUGGCCCGCGCGACGGAGAGAGGAGAAAAAAAUGGAAAAAAGGGCGAAAUCGCAGCUGGCCGAUCGGCCAUCGAUUCGCCGCGGAGCGGAGGGGUCGGCCGUCGAGGCGCGUUCGCCGCACGACGAGCUCAGCCACGAGGUCGACGGGAAUGUGCUGACGGUGCGGCUGGCCAAGAGCGCCGGCCGGAUGAAAGCCGCUCGCGAGGACGCCGGAGGCAACAAGUGCUCCGAGCCCGGCUGCGCGCGACUCAACGUCAUCCCGAACGAGGCGCCGCCGGCCAAGCGGCCGGACGAGGAGCUCUUCUUGCUGCGCACCAGCCGGCAAAUACUCGGCCCCGACGAGAUGCGGAACAGCCUCGAGAUCGAGCUGCGGACGCCGAGGAACUACGCGCCCCUGGCCGUGGAGGAGGGCAGGAGGAAGCCGUAGACCGCGCGAACCUAGCUGUGACGGAUUGUCGAGACGACGACGUAAAAUUGCGUUGAAAUAGCAGGACGAGGCGAAAGCCUUCUCGCGCCGUUCUCGACUUGAUUCAUACCGCCUUGCCAAACGCCGUCCAUUGCGUAAAUAUAUCUAUUUAUAAAAGCAUGCAAGAAAAUAACCAAUAUACUGGUCGUAUUUAUUAUUUCAUUAUAUCUUUCAAGAUAUAAAUUCAGAUUGUUAAAAUUGGAUUUUCUAUCUUAUCCAUGCAACGCGAUUCAAUGACAGAUCUCUAAGUGAGAUAAAAGGCUCAAUAACAAUAAAUGCACGCCCCAGCAACGCAAAUCGUCAGAUUCAUUGAGAACAGUGUGAAAUGUGAGGCUUAUUUAAAAGGAAAUCUGAGUAAUGAUUAAUGCAACAUUCAUUUUCUAUUUGAUACAAGAUUGAAUCAAAACCAAUUUGUUUUUUUUCUCGAUUAAAUCAUCAUGUUGAUGUACAUUUUGUUGUGCGUAUUGGGAUUGAUAUUUUGCUACAUUUAUAAUAAUAGAGACGAUAGAAAAGUUAAGCUAAUCAAUCGAAUACCUGGACCUCCAGGUCUACCGGUAAUAGGAAAUCUAUUAAUAGGCCUCACACCGGUAGAUCAAUUGUGGGACGUGGUACGAAGCUAUACUGAAACGUAUUAUCCAACUAUAAGAAUCUGGCUCGGAAAUUAUUACAGUAUAGUCAGCAUUUCUGAUCCAGAUGAUGUAGAAACUUUGUUGACAUCUCAAAAACACAUCGAGAAGGGUUACUCGUACAAAAAUUUACAACCAUGGUUGAAAAUGGGUCUUCUGACCUCUACAGGAGAAAAAUGGAGGCGUCGUCGUAAAAUUUUAACCCCGGCAUUUCAUUUUAAUAUUUUAAAGAAAUAUGUGGAUAUUACAAAUGAAAAUGCAGAGAGAUUUGUGGAAAAGAUGAGAGACGACGAAGGUGACGACACAGUUCAAGAUUUAGCACCAUUAACUUCAAAGUAUACGUUGAACAUUAUUUGCGAAUCUGCCAUGGGCGUCGCUCUGGAUGAAAUUGAAAGCAAAGCUGCCGAAAAAUAUAAGAAUGCUGUUUAUACGAUGGGAAACAUUACGAUAUACAGAAUUACAAGACCCUACUUGACAGACUGGGUUAUGAACAUCUGUUGGAGGCUCAAGAAAUUGCAAGAGAAAACUUUAAAGACUCUCCAUGAAUUUACAGAUAAGGUUAUAAUGGAACGAAAAGCGCAGCAUAAAAAUACGGAUUACAAGUAUAUAAAGAAUUUGGCAGAUGACAUAAAAGAAUCAGAAUUUGAUUACGUUACUAGUGGCAGAAAGAAACGACUGGCAAUGCUUGAUCUUCUACUGUCAGCCGAAAUGGAUGGUUUGAUCGAUGAUGAUGGGAUUCGAGAGGAAGUGGAUACCUUUAUGUUUGAAGGCCACGACACAACUGGAAUGGCAAUGACAUUCACGUUGAUGCUGUUGGCUGAAAAUGAAGAAAUCCAGGAAAAAGCCAGAGCAGAAGUGAUCAAAGUUUUAACCGAAAGCUCUGGUAAAAUAGGAAUGCGGCAAUUGCAAGAAUUCAAUUAUCUCGAAUGCUGCAUUAAAGAAUCUUUGCGCCUGUAUCCACCUGUUGCCAACAUUUCACGUUAUAUUACUGAAGAUCUUCAAUUGAAGAAGUACCUCGUACCCGCGAAUACAGAAGUGUUUGUGCAGUUAUACCCUAUCCAUAGGGACCGAAAGUUUUGGCGAGAACCAAACAAAUUUGAUCCUGAUAGAUUUCUUCCGGAAAAUCUUCAAGGACGUCACCCAUUCUCCUACAUUCCUUUCAGCGCAGGGCCUCGAAAUUGCAUAGGCCAAAAAUUUGCACUGAUGGAGUUAAAAUCGCUGAUAGCUCGUAUUUUGUACAAUUUUAAGUUGGAGCCUAUUGAUAGAUCAGCCGAUAUGAAAAUUCUGUUAGAUAUCGUCAUCAGACCAGCCAGCCCUGUACGAACGAGAUUUGUCAAAAUUAAUCAUUAAGACAUCGAUAUAUUUCGUAGACAUCUCGGGAAUGUAUAUUUUUAAAAAGCGGGUAUUAAUUGAAAUCUUAUUGACGACGAUACAUCGAGCCAACAUAAUGAUAAAUUUUCAAGAUUAAUUGGGAUUGUUAAUGACAGAUAACGAAGCGUCCGCAUGAUUAGCCGCGCAUGAAUAACUCGAGGCAUUCGCGAGAAUCAUCAUCCUACUCGAUUGUUAAUAAGUUUUGCGAACUUGAAAGGAAAAUAAAAAUUGGAAUUCUGUGAA